AUGCUGUUCCGCUUACUCGACGAGGACGAGGACUCAGAUCGGAACCGAAGUGCCACUGAGCGGUCAUACCUCCCGAGCGCGUGUUUGGGGUUCAACUGCACGGGGCGGGCAGAUGGGGUGUACGAGGAGGGCUGCCAGACGGCCACCAGGUGCGUCAAUCAGACUGCCAGCCACCUAACCUGCAUGCUACCCAAGGUCAUCAACUCGGCUACAUGGCUUUGUGACAGCGCCCUGAACGUUAAUACACCAUGCGGGACGUUCCGUGACUGCUCUAUCCGGGACGACGGUGGAUUCCCGGACCUAGAAACGCAUUGCGCCUGGUAUUUUAUGUGCUCGUACGGGAUCUUCUACGGCCACCACAAAUGCGCAGGGGGUCUGGUGUGGAACUCCGUGUUGCAGACAUGUGAUUUUCCAGGGAAUACACUCCCACCGUGCGGCACUAAACCCUGA